UUCUUGGUUUUAGACGUCUUUCCAUUGAGUAAUAUGGGAAAAGCUUAGGUAGAUGAAGGUCAUCCAUUAUAAUAUAUCAAUCAAGACUAGAAAAACUUUGAUGAUUUCUCUUUCUUUACAGUUGUUUAAAUAUCCAAGAGAAAGAAAGUCCUUGUUCACAGGUACGAGUUAGGUAUUUUUUUGUUGUCACAGACAAGAAGCUCAACCAUUAAGCCACUAUGGUCAAACAUUUCUAACCCCACCUUCAUUUCAUGGAGCAGUUGGGAUGUGCUUUCGUCUCUUUAUCUAACGUUUAACUUGCUCUGCUCAGACUUUCACCAGUAAACACACAACAUCCUUUUCAAUGGGAAUCAACAUUUUCUAAAUCACUAACAUGAGAAGUACUAUAAAUGUGAUACACAAAAUGCACAUAUGAUAGUCAGCCAAAAAUAAAUGUUACUAAUGAGAGUUUUGUUCCUUCUUUUAGCAAUUAAUCCUAGUAGCUCUUUCAUACCUUCAAUUAAGGCUUAGUUCAAGAGAAUUGACUAACCUCAAACUCAUGCAGUCAAGAGAGCCAGUGCAGCUUUCAUGCAGAAAACAGUUUUCCUGCAUGUUGCAUGUCUUCAGCCGGAGAAUUCACCGGCUUUGCUCGAGGAUACGGUGGCUGAUGUGGCGACGCCCGAGGUCUAAGGUGGUGAUCAAGAGGUUUGGGAAGCUGAAUUCAAGAGGACAUCAUGGCCAGCUCAAAGAAAAACCAAGCAUCAAAUCAUUAACAACUCAUCCGAAUGCCCAAACUAGGCCUAUUCGACUAGCCACUUUCAAUGCUGCAUUAUUUUCCCUUGCACCAGCUGUGCCUAAGGCUGAAAAAUCAGUCAUUGCUCAUGAUGAUGAUGACGAUGACGGUUUCAAAUUUCAAAACCAGGUAAAGUCUGAGAUUAAUAGCCGUCCUAAGAGCAUAUUGAAACAUUCCCCUCUUCAUCCCACAUUAAUAAAUGGUGCAAAACCAAAGCCAAGAGUGUCAAUAAACCUUCCUGAGAAUGAGAUUUCAUUAGCUCAGAACAGGGUAUUCGGUAUGUUGGAAGAUGACUCCACCAAGAUUUUGAGUUUAAACAACAACAGUCUAGCUCCUGUUAGGUCUCCGAUAUGCUUCCCCGCAAUGGCUAAAUGGAUGAAUAAUGAUUAUGGAGGCGACUACUUGAGUGGAACAAGGUCUAUUCUUGAUGUGUUGAAAGAAGUGGAUGCUGAUAUAUUGGCUUUACAAGAUGUGAAGGCUGAGGAAGAGAAAGAUAUGAGCCCUUUAUCUGAUUUGGCUCAUGCUCUUGGUAUGCACUAUGUGUUUGCUGAAAGCUGGGCUCCUGAAUUUGGUAAUGCUAUUUUAUCCAAAUGGCCUAUUAAGAGAUGGAGAAUACAGAAAAUCUUUGAUGAUAAAGAUUUCAGGAAUGUGCUUAAGGCUACGAUUGAUGUACCACGGAUGGGAGAGUUAAACUUCUGUUGCACUCAACUUGAUCAUUUAGAUGAGAAUUGGAGAAUGAAGCAAAUUAACGCGAUAAUACAGUCAAAUGAUCAUCCUCAUAUUUUAGUCGGAGGCUUAAAUUCUCUAGAUGCCUCAGAUUACUCAUUAGAGAGAUGGACAGAUAUUGUGAAGUAUUAUGAGGAGAUAGGGAAGCCAACUCCAAGAGUUGAGGUCAUGAAAUUCUUGAAAGGGAAAGAAUACUGUGAUGCAAAAGAGUUUGCAGGGGAAUGUGAGUCAGUUGUUAUCAUUGCUAAAGGCCAAAAUGUGCAAGGAACAUGCAAAUAUGGAACUCGAGUUGAUUAUAUUUUGGGUUCACAAGGCCUGCCUUAUGCAUUUGUGCCUGGAUCGUACUCUGUUGUUUCGUCGAAAGGCACGUCCGAUCACCAUAUAGUUAAGGUGGAAAUCAUGAAAGUAGCAGGCAGUGCUAGGAAGAAUAGUAAGAAACUGAAGAAAGUAAAACAGAAAGUUGUGAGGAUGACAGGUUCUUGUUCUUCGAGAGGGAUUUAAUUUGGCAAUCAGACACUUGGAAACUAUGGUUAUUAGUUUCUGAGGUCUUUAGCCUCUUCUUUUCUCUUUGUCCUUGUUUUUUUUCUGCUGGAGGUGUAUACAUUUUUCUACUUUGUGACUGACUACAGUUUCAUUAAGAUGCAGAUCUAUGUUCUCUUUUUGUUUGACCUAGCUACAGUAU